AUGGAGAGGGAGGCGUCGCGGCGCGCGGAGAUCACGCGACAGCACGCCGGCUCGCUCGCGCGCCUGAGGGAGGCGAUUUCCCAUCUUGGACGUCCGGAGCACCUCGGGCGGCUGAGCGCAGAGGGGGAGGCGAUUGAGCAACGGAAGGCGUCGGCCGCCGCCGCGGUGGAGGAGAAGGAGGCCGCCAUCGCGGUUGCCAAGGAGCGGCUCGCCACGCGCAGCGAGCGGCCCGACCGCGAGCGAGUGCACGACGAGGCGCAGUCGGCGCUACAGAACGAGUUGCGCGUGCUGUGCAGCGCAGCCCAGGAGCUCACCCACUCAAUCUGCAAGUGCGACGACGACCUUGCCCGCGUUGAGGCUGCAAAGGCCAAGGUCACGGAUGACCACGCCCGCAAGCUUGCCUCGCUCGAGCUUGAGAGCGCGCUCUUCGACUCUUCCAAGGGUUCCACCACAGGGUGGUGA